GUAUAGUACGAUUUCGUAAUUUGGGAUGCUACGAGCACUCAGUUUCAACCACCUAGGUAAGGCCUCAUCCACGAAGAUGGCCAGCGCAGCAUGUCUGGUUCGGUGCCACUGCCAUGUGUGCAGCCACGAUGACGCAAAAACGACCAACCCCAUGUCGUUUUAUAGCGUACGACCGCCGCCAGUCUUGCUGAAACACCCCCCGGAACACCUUGCUUGUUGCGAUUUCGACACGUGGCAGUCAUGCACUUGCGCUACCGACAAAAGUAUGUGUAUACAAAUGGCACAAUCGCAACCGUCAGUUUUCAGUCAUUCUGAUCGUGUGCUGCAAAAGUACGGAAUAUAGAAGUACGGUAUAUAUUCGCCGGAGGCGGUACUCUCCUCGUGAAGGAAAGAUCCAAGGGCGGACAUUCGAUCAGGAAGAAUGAACGAUGAUAAGGUGUGGGGCCACGCCGAAGAUUCUAGAAUCUUACAAAUGGCAAACUCUUGGUAGGAAAAGCAUUGCCACGUGGCUACUCACUUUACCCCUCCAUUGAUUAAAAACUCAAUCCACUAUUCAAAUUUCAGUUGAAUUUUGAAUAGAAGACGAAGAAGAAGAAGAGAGGAAAAAAGAAAUGGAGUCAGUGGAAGUUAAAGAAGAGAGCAUGUGGGUGGAGGUUGAGGAUAGUGGGGAGUUGUGGGGGAGUUCAGUGGCGGCCAAAGAGGAGAAGAUGCUGGAGGCUGAUGGUGGUGGUGAGAGUGGAUGGUGUUGUUCGUCUUUGGCGGCGGCGGCGGAGGUUGCGAAGCCGAUGGAGGGACUACAUGAGGCAGGUCCGCCGCCGUUUCUGAAGAAGACGUUCGAAAUGGUGGAGGACCCAGAAACCGAUUCGGUAGUGUCGUGGAGCGUGGCUCGUAACAGCUUCAUUGUUUGGGACUCCCACAACUUUUCCCAGAGUCUUCUUCCCAAGUACUUCAAGCACAGUAACUUCUCCAGCUUCAUUCGCCAGCUCAACACUUAUGGCUUCAGAAAGAUUGAUUCAGAUCGAUGGGAGUUUGCAAAUGAAGCGUUUCAAGGAGGGAAGAGACAUCUGCUGAAGAACAUCAAGAGGAGAAGACAUGGUUGCUUGCAGCAACAAGGAUCCAGAUCUGGUGCUGAAUCGGUGAAACUCCAAUUGGAAGCUGAAGUUGAGAGUCUGAGAAAAGAUCAGAACAUCUUAAAUGUCGAAAUCUUGAGAAUGAGACAACGGCAGGAGACAUCACAGAAUCAUCUGACUGCGGUCGAAGAGCGCAUCCGAGGUGCAGAGUGUAAGCAAAAACAGAUGUUCAUUUUCAUGGCCAAGGCCGUGAAGAACCCUAGCUUCGUUCAGCAGCUAAUCCAGAAGAGGCAGAAAAGAGAACUGGGUGAUGGUGAAAUUGGGAAGAAACGAAGGCUGGCUUCAAUGCUCAGCGUUGGGAGCUUGCUGGAGGCAAUAUUUAGUAACCAAACUGUUCACUACCGAAACCAAAACCUAGUUCAAGAAGAACCCUCACUCCAAUCAGAGAUCCAAUCGUUGUUCUGUUCAGGCAUAGAUGAUGAAUCAGGAGGCAGUCCUCCUGAGGAUCAGGAGGCCAAUGUGAUAUCUGGAACAGGUAAUCCAGAUUUAUUAUCUUUUAAUAAUGGAAUGCUGGAGAAACUGAUGGAGGAAGAUCCCAUUUGCCAAAAUGAAGCAGAGGAGUUGCUAUCCGGGAAACCUUCAAUUCUUGAUUUUGAAUUGGAGGAGUGGAUUGAAAAGCCUGUUGAUUGGUCUGUGUAUGUAAAAGAGCUGAUGGAGCCGCAAUUUGGUUGUGUUUGAUGGAAACUGGCUUUUUAGCGCCGGAAAGACACGAAGAUGUAGCUGGAUCGGCACUACCACGAACUUCACACUUCAUAAAGUUGAAGAAGAUUGUCAAAUACUGGCAAGAAAUGCCCAACCCAUAUUGGUAGAACUGGUCUUUAGUUCAGUUAUAACUCAUGUGCAUUCUUUUCUUUUCUCAUCACUCAGCCAUAAUGUAAAAAUCUCUGUUGCUUGAACCCUUCUAGUUUGCUCACAAAGUCAUAAUGUAGCUUAAACUCGAGGAUUGUUACUUUACUUUUUAUGUUAUCAUAUAAAAUACUACACUUCUGGUUUGAA